AUGAAUAAGGUGCAACAUCAGCAGCAGCACACCGGUGAUGUUGCUAACCAGGGCAGCAACAGAGCACACAGAGCAUCGUUCGGUGAACCUGGAGUUGAUCUGCUGGACACCGAGACCAUGCACCUCAUGAAAUGUCUCCUAGGAGAAUGUACGGGAGUUUGGAAACAAAGCCAGCACGAAAGCAAAGCUCUGUCAACAAUGAAAAGGGUUGUGGGUCAGGUAUUGGAGAGACACAGAUGUUCAUACAAUGGUAUGAUCAACAGACUUUCAUUGGAUGACAGAGGGGAUGAUGUGAAGUUCAUCGGUGUAAUAGCUACUAGCCUCUUCGACGACGGGACCGUCAACUGGGGCCGUGUUGCAAGCCUGGCAGCCUUUGGGUGUGCGGUGUGUCAGUACUGGACGGAGAAGGGUAGAGAGGACUGUGUGGAGCGAGUGGGAGAUGAGAUCUCAGCUUACCUGCUGACUGACCAGAGGGACUGGCUGGUGAAACACAACUCAUGGGAGGGCUUCGUGGAGUUCUUUGGCGUAUCAGAACCGGAGUCCUCCAAAUGUGACUCGACAUUGAGUGACAUACUCAUGACCGUUGCUGCAGGAGCUGGGAUUGUGGCAAUGCUGAAGACAUUGUUGAUCAUGGGAAAACAUGUGUGA